CUCUCUCUCAAUCCGCCCCUCUUUCCUGCCUAUAUGAUCAUGUCACAUUUGAAUUUCUAUUUUAAUGCUCUCAGCGGUUAUGGUUGUAAAGACAGUUGAAUAAAGCAUGACAUCGAGCACAGUUUCUGGUGACAGUACCCCAAUUGUCAUUGCCCUCCUCUUCAUAUGGCUUAUACUUGUUCUGGCUCUAGUGUUCUUCUACAAGAGACUAAAUAAAGACACAAAUGGACAAUAUGAAAUCCAUCGCCUAAUCUUUGCUGAAGGCGGACUACGUGACCAAUUGAGACAAGGAGUCGGAGUUGUGGAAAAUAGACUUGGUGUCCGCAUUUGGCCCCAACCCCAUGAAGAAGAGGAGCACCUAGAAGAUAAUGAAGGAAAAUAUGAGGAAGAUGUUGAUAAUGACAAACAGAAUGAAAGCCAAGAAGAGGAAGAAGAAGAACAAGAAAAUCAUGACAUUAGGGAUGACUCUUCGGAUGACUAUUCCAGCAUUGACCUGAGGGAGAGGGCAAAUAAGAGAAAAGACAGCAAGAAUGGUGAGAAGACUGAAGCUGAAGAAGACAAGGAAAAACUGGAGGAGGCAGCAGGAGAGGAUGGUAAACAUGGUAAAGAGGUGAAGAACGAAGAGAAAGUUGGAUUGCUUGUAGACUUAAAGCCAUUUGCAGGUAGUGCUAUUUGGUCUGAACAGAGCAAAGAUGAAGGAAAUGACUUGACUGCUUUAUAAAGAACAGAGAUGAGCAGAAACUUGUCUUUAGAAAUAAAUAGCUGGUCAAUCAGUUGAAUAGGUUUAGUAGGUGUCAAAAACAUUGUUUGUAGUUCGUGAGAUGUAAAAUUGGACCUUUUUGCAAACUGAAUGUUUAUCUGUCAUGUUUUUUUGCAAAUGCUGACUGUUUAAUGACAUUUUUGUAGAAUUUUAUAGUGAUGUAAAUAUUUUAACAUUAAACAUUUUUAA